GCAAGUCCCGUUGUUGCUUAUCUUUGAGCUUCCCCCUCGCAUCAUUAAAAUUCGGUUUUCCCCCCGAGAUGGAUCACGAUCACGAUCACGACCACGGCACCGCAACUGAGGAGUCCGACAGCACCGCCAAGUCCUGUCCCAUGAUCAUGGUGUUCCACGCCGGUCACUGUGAACGGAUUUUGUGGCGCGGCUGGGUGGCCUCCACAGUCUGGGAGUUUGUCUUGUCCGCCAUCGCCAUCUUCUUGGUGGCCUUCCUCUACGAAGCCCUGAAGUUCUUACGUCAGCAGCUGGCCCGCAGGGAAGCCCGCAAGCUGGCCGAGCGCCUGGCGGAGGAGCAGCGCCGCAAGAACGAGAAUCCAACUGCCGGGGGCUGCUGCUCAGAGACACCGCUGGCGGAGAUCAGGGAACAGACCUACUGGCAGCGCCUCCUUGCCUCGUCACACAUUUUCCAGUCGCUCCUGAACCUGCUGCAGAUCGUCAUCUCCUAUCUGCUGAUGCUCAUCUUCAUGACCUUCAACUACUGGCUUUGCCUGGCUGUGGUGCUGGGCCUGGGCUUUGGCUACUUCUUCUUCGGCUGGAACAAGAAAAAUCCCGAUGAUAGCGAGUGCUGUCCCUAACUUAUUCGCGUUUGUUUUGCGAGUGUAUUUUUGUUAUUUUUUUUUUUUUUUGUUUUUAGUAAUUAUUCUUGUAAUUGUUUAAAAACUUCAGCCCUUAUUGCGAAUUAGGCUUACACAUCAAGCAGACCCGUCCCCCAAGUAAUUACUGGCGCAAAUUGUCUAAAAAUACAAUUUUAUUCGAUAGUUACACUUGGUUUAAUUGUAAAUUGAUGUAAUCGUAGCAUAAAUUAGUCACUAGUUUACUUAAUGAGCAUAUUGUACAAAUAGCAGUUAUGAGAACAAGAACCUA